CUCGCCCCCCCCGCUGUGUUCCCCCAGCUUCAGUUCGCGGGGUCCGCCCCUCAGCGUCUGAUUGUGUUUCUCUCGCGCAACGAAGCGGCGGACGGCGGAGCGGUCCCUGGCGGGGCCACUCCAGACGGGAGACGCGAGACGGGACGCGGGGAGGUCGAGGCAGCGAGCGAGUGAGUGAGCUGCAGAUCGCCGCUAUUCACGGAGACGCAGCGAGAGUCUCCAAUGAACGCCUUUGCGGGUCUCCCGUGCGCGCUCCGCGUCGCUGUCGCGGGAAUUCAGAAGCAUCUGGAUUCGUCGCCCGGGCGGGGCUGGUUGCGUCGUGGUCGCGGUGUGAUUCGAGCGUUGCGCAAUCGAAGGACGCGCCGAUGCCGCAGUCGGAGCCAGCGCCACGCGGACACGCGCGAUGCUUUGCGCAGCACCAGCCGGCGAGGUAAAGUCACGGCACAGGUGGCUUCAGCCUCUGUGGGGAUCUCUUGCGCGGGAGAAGGCGAGGGGAGCAGGAGGGAUGUGAGGAGAGGAGCGGGUGAGAAGGGAGGUAAGACAAGGCGAGGGGUCGAGCACGAAGGCGGCCCGUGUGUUGUCUUCGCCUGGUGUCCGUGUGGCGCCCAGCGCCUUCCACGCGUGUGCCCCUGUGCGCUCUCGGCAGCGGCGCGUGGCCGGGAUGAGGCUGAAGCGCCACGCAUCGCACUGCCCUGGCGCGUUGGCUGCGCGGGUUCUCUGCCUCAGCCUCUGCUGCCUGCAGCAGGCCAGCUGCUGCCCAGGUCAGCUGAGCUUCCCGCCCGCGCAGGGCGCCGAUCAGGAUGACACCGCCGUGUUCACGCAGAUCCUGGAUCGCCUCCUUGAUGGAUACGACAACCGACUGCGGCCAGGGCUCAGCGCCACUGAGGUGAAGACCGACAUCUACGUCACAAGCUUUGGGCCCGUGUCGGAUACUGACAUGCGCUGUAAUAUCCCAUCUGUCCAGGAGUACACGGUGGAUGUGUUUUUCCGUCAAAGCUGGAGGGACUUACGGCUCAAAUUCAACGGGCCCAUGAAGAUUCUGCCUGUGAACAAUAUGAUGGUGUCUCACCUAUGGACUCCAGACACAUUCUUCUACAACAGCAAGAAGUCCGUGGCACACAACAUCACCACUCCCAACAAACUCCUGAGGAUCUGCGAUGACGGAUCUCUGCUGUACACCAUGCGGCUGACUAUUAAUGCAGAGUGCCCGAUGAUAUUGGAGGAUUUCCCGAUGGACACGCACGCCUGCCCACUCAAGUUUGGGAGCUAUGCAUACACUAGCUCCGAAGUGUUCUACACGUGGACGCACGGCCCCGCCAACUCUGUGAUCGUGGCAGAGGACGGAUCUCGACUCAACCAGUACAACCUGAUCAACCACACGGUGGGCAGCGAGCUCAGCCGCUCCAGCACCGGAGUGUACACAGUGAUGACCACCCGCUUCCACCUGCGCAGAAAUAUCGGCUACUUCGUGAUCCAGACGUACCUGCCGUGCAUCAUGACCGUGCUCCUUUCCCAGGUCUCCUUCUGGCUCAACCGCGAGGCGGUGCCAGCACGCACUGUGUUCGGCGUCACCACAGUGCUCACCAUGACGACGCUCAGCAUCAGCGCACGCAACUCGCUGCCCAAGGUGGCGUACGCGACGGCAAUGGACUGGUUCAUCGCCGUAUGCUACGCCUUCGUCUUCUCAGCGCUCAUCGAGUUCGCCACCGUCAACUACUUCACCAAGAGAGCCUGGGCCUGGAAUGGGAAAUUCCCUGCGCCAUCGAAGAAAAAGGACGCGGUGACUUUGAUCAAAAAGCGCAAAAACGCCUAUACCACAGGCCUGUGCCCCGCGGGCCACCGCACGCUGCUGGCCAGGGAGGCAGCUCUGCUCAGCAUCUCUCAAAAGGUCGCGCCGCACCACGGACAACAUGACAGCAGACCCCUCGACUACAAGAAAACCUACAACAGCGUGAGCAAGAUUGACAAGCUCUCCCGCAUCGUGUUUCCCAUCCUUUUUGGAAUCUUCAACCUGGUGUACUGGGCCACGUACCUGAACCGUGAGACUCAUGCAAGUGGUGCGUUGCCUUAGGGCGCAUGAAGCAGCCAGGGACUGCGAAGAGUGGUAACAGGUCACACGUGCUUGAGAGAGAUGACAAAACCACUAUAUCCAAUACAACUAAAUAGUAAAUUUGUGAUUGAUGUGUAGAAAUUCAGAAAACUUGAGGGUUUUUUUAUUUUAAUAUUGGAAAAAUGCUCAUGCAAACAUGUUUUAUAUUUUGUGUUAUCAUGUAAAAUGUUAUACUUUGUUUUAGCGGGAAGGGCCCAAUGAGCUGUUAGGCUCUAUUUCAUGGGCAUCCUGAGAUGGUACAGAUGUUGUACAGUACAGAUCUUAGUUACAAUCAUGGCUACAAAGGUCGUGUUACAAACAGCAAGUAUCGGUACAUGCAUGUUUCAGGAAUAGGGAACUGGUAGAAAACGUUCAAAAACAUCAAAAAGUAUGACUACAUUAUUUUAUGAACAUAAAUAAUGGGAAAACAAUGUAAUUUAGCAAAGCGGACAUCGAAGUGUAUUUUACAGGAUUGUACUGUAAGGUAUUCAUAUGACUGUGGCUGUGUCUUUAGCUCCCUGUCUUGUAGAAAUGCCCGUCAGUGAUUAUCUGCAAGCUGGCGGCUAGCACAGGCCUUUCCUCUGUUAUAAGAAAUUAGCAGUGUCUUUACGAUAAGUCUAGUACUUUCCACAUAUUGCUGUUGCGCUUAUCAAAAGAAAACGUCUUGUUUUACAGAGCUGUCAACAUGCAAACGUCGUGUCCCAGCUUUAUGUGCACUAAAGCAUUUGAAACAAGUUCACCCUCACCAUCAUUAAUGUUCUGCUUCGACUCACCCCCACAUGUCCUUUCACCCUAUAAUCUCACUCUCCUUUCCUUCGUGUGCUCUGCUCCAGUAAGAUAGACCUCUACUCUAUAGACAGUUGCUUCUUUGGUGUUACUUGCAUAGUCUGGAACUCACCUCCUUUGCUGUCCACUCUAUUCUAGUUCAAGAUAACCUGUCUCUUCUCUGUGCCCAUGUGUAUCCUUGCACUCCUUGCCCUGUACCCUCGUUGCUCCACUCCCUCUUAAAAAUGAACAGGGAUAUAUGCAUGGUCCUCCCAAUUGCACACCAUCUUAUGCCAGUCCCAUUUAUAUGCUUCAGAAAUACUAGGGUUGCCGUGAUACGAUGAUAUAUGUUGUACAAUAUAAGAGCCAUUAAAAUCAUAUUGUCCGUUUUGAAAAAUAUUUUAAUCAUGAUUUUUAAAUAUAGUAUUUACUGAAAAAUGAUUUCUAUAAUAGUUUUUUUGGGUUAGAUCGCGUAAAUAUAAAUGUGUCGUUAAUCCCGCCACCACCCAACACAGCCAAUUAGUAAGGGUUGUCACAUAAACAGAACAUUUCAAUUCAUUGCUAGUACAGCACACCGGUGUGUUGGAGAAAAAAUCCACAACAUUUACAAUCUGAGUACGACGUUUCGCCAGUAAUUACAAUCUGCAUCAUUGUAAUUACAGGAUAGAUGUAAUGUCACUUGUGACCCCUUCUUGUGCGAAGUCGGGGGGGGGGGAUUUUUGAAUGCAUAUAAAUUACAAUUGGUAUCCGUUAAACAAUGUGGAUGCACUUUUUUCUGGUACCUCCUGUCGUUUGUGUGCACUAAAAUAGCAGUAUCUAUUGUCUGCUCACAGGUUAUCUCCAUUGAUGUGUAGUGAUGGUGUCACUAGGGUGUUCGCGCCAGCUGCAGUUAUACAGGAGUGCAGCUGUGCAGCCGGAGCCUCUCUCCAGCACCAGAGUGGGUACGGCAUGUCAUCAGCCAGCCCCAUAGGGGGCGUGGUCUCCUGUGGUGGCCGCAGUCAACCCGGAGGGCGCGCGGCGCUCGGCCGAGAUCCUGCGGGAAAGGUCUCGAAGUGGGCGUGGCCGAAGGCGGAGCGAGGCCACGCCCAGGAGCGUCAAGGGGCAGUCCCGGGAGCUUGGCUCGCUCUUUGGUUCUCUCGGUAAAGGCACGUAUCAAGAUAAAAUAAUAAAUUAAGCUCCAAAUUAAGUUAGAGCGUGGCUCGUCUGUGGAAUCAAGCCUGGGUCCCGCGUCUCGUCGUCUCCGUCUCGAGUUAACUCGCUACUCGCAUAGUUAGGCACAUCACCUCAGUGUUACCCGCUAGGGAAGUUGUUCAAUAAAAGUGUUGCCUCCCA